UGUAUAUAUACAUAAAUUCCCACGCAUAAUCAAUUGUUACAAUUACAACAAAUGUGUUUACUGUGCUAACCCGACGUCGCUGCCACAAAAAUGGCUUGCGGCCCACAUAACCGUGAUGCUGCUGCUGUAAAACAACAAAAACAACAACUACACUUGUGCCAAAUAAUAACAACAAGAAGAAGGAAUACUGGCGUUAUAGGCGUUCUGCUCAUCAUUUGCUGUUGCAUCUCAAGCAGUUGGCAGUAUAAAAACCUUCAUGGACAGCCUAUGUCCAGUUCGCUGGUCUCUUCCGCCGCCUCCGCAUCCGCCUCGCUGCCAUUUGUCAACACGCCGGCCACGCUGCUCUUCACCACGCGCCACGACAUCCAGGUAGCCAACAUAAGCAAGCCCACGGGCGGACCACAGAUCGAUGUGUUCGUUAAGGAUCUGGCCGAGGCAAUGGCCAUAGACUUCUACUACGCCAAGAAUCUGGUGUGCUGGACGGACUGCGGCCGUGAGCUCAUCGAGUGUGCACAGACCAACUCCACGCUGCCGCUGACCAAGGCGGCACCCAAACAGACAGUGAUAUCGGCGGGAUUGGACAAGCCGGAAGGAUUAGCUAUCGACUGGUAUACGGACAAGAUCUACUGGACGGACGGCGAGAAGAAUCGCAUAGAGAUGGCCACGCUGGAUGGGCGCUAUCAGAAGGUGCUCUUCUGGACGGAGCUGGAUCAGCCGCGCGCUAUUGCAUUGGUGCCGGCCAAGCGGCUGCUCUUCUGGACCGACUGGGGCGAGUAUCCGAAGAUCGAGCGUGCGAGCAUGGACGGAGAUGCGCUCACACGCAUGACCCUGGUCAAGGACAAUGUGUUCUGGCCCAAUGGCCUGGCUGUGGAUCUGCAGAGCGAGCUCAUCUAUUGGACCGAUGGCAAGUAUUGCUUCAUCGACGUCAUGAAACUGGAUGGCAGCAAUCGGCGCACCAUAGUCAACAAUCUGAAGUAUCCGUACAGUCUGACGUACUUUGAGAAUCGUUUGUAUUGGACGGAUUGGCUGCGUGGUUCGCUCAAUGCGCUGGAUCUGCAGACGCGCGAUCUUAAGGAGCUCAUCGAUACGCCUAAGGCUCCGAACUCGGUGCGUGCCUGGUCGAAGGAUCUGCAGCCCUACGAGGAUAAUCCCUGUGCACACGAGAAUGGCAACUGCUCGCAUCUCUGCCUGCUGGCGACGAAUCCUCAAGGCUAUAGCUGUGCCUGUCCCACGGGCGUGAAGCUUUUGAAUGCCACCAGCUGUGCCAAUGGCUCCCAGGAGAUGCUCUUCAUAGUGCAGCGCACCCAGAUCAGCAAGAUAUCGCUGGACUCUCCGGACUAUACAAUCUUCCCGCUGGCACUGGGCAAAGUCAAGUAUGCCAUUGCCAUAGACUAUGAUCCCGUGGAGGAGCACAUAUACUGGUCUGAUGUGGAGGCGUACACCAUACGGCGUGCACAUGUCGAUGGCACUGGUGUCACCGACUUUGUCACCUCGGAAGUGCGUCAUCCCGAUGGCCUGGCGCUGGAUUGGCUGGCGCGUAAUCUCUACUGGACGGACACGGUGACGGAUCGCAUAGAGGUCUGUCGUCUGGACGGCAGCGCGCGCAAGGUGCUCAUCUAUGAGCAUCUGGAGGAGCCCAGAGCCAUUGCGGUGGCGCCCUCGCUGGGCUGGAUGUUCUGGAGCGAUUGGAACGAGCGCAAGCCGAAGGUGGAGCGCGCCUCCCUGGACGGCUCGGAGCGUGUGGUGCUCGUCUCGGAAAAUCUGGGCUGGCCCAAUGGCAUUGCCUUGGAUAUCGAGGCCAAGACAAUCUAUUGGUGUGACGGCAAGACGGAUAAGAUUGAGGUAGCCAACAUGGAUGGCUCCGAUCGGCGUGUGGUCAUCUCGGAGAACUUGAAGCAUCUCUUUGGACUGAGCAUACUCGACGAUUAUCUCUAUUGGACGGACUGGCAGCGACGUUCGAUAGAUCGGGCGCAUAAGAUAACGGGCAACAAUCGUAUAGUGGUCGUGGAUCAGUAUCCGGAUCUCAUGGGCCUGAAGGUCACGCGCCUGCGUGAGGUCAAAGGCCAGAAUGCGUGCGCUGUGCGCAACGGUGGCUGCUCCCAUCUCUGCCUGAAUCGUCCGCGCGACUAUGUCUGCCGCUGCGCCAUAGACUACGAACUGGCCAUGGAUAAGCGGACGUGUGUGGUGCCGGCGGCGUUUCUGCUGUACUCGCGGCAGGAGCACAUUGGACGCAUCUCCAUAGCCUACAACGAGGGCAAUCACAACGAUGAGCGCAUUCCGUUCAAGGAUGUGCGCGAUGCGCAUGCCUUGGACGUCAGCGUGGCAGAGCGUCGUCUCUACUGGACGGAUCAGAAGAGCAAGUGCAUCUAUCGCGCCUUUCUCAACGGCUCCUAUGUGCAGCGCAUUGUGGACGCGGGCCUGAUUGGACCCGAUGGCAUUGCCGUCGAUUGGAUUGGUCAGAACCUCUAUUGGUCGGAUGCGGAGGCCAGACGCAUUGAGGUCUCGCGCCUGGACGGCAGCAGUCGACGCGUGCUGCUGUGGAAGGGCGUGGAGGAGCCACGCUCCCUGGUGCUAGAGCCAAGGCGUGGCUACAUGUACUGGACGGAGCUGCCCUCGGACUCCAUCAGACGUGCCGGCAUGGAUGGCAGUGAGCUGCAGACUAUAAUCGCGGGAGCCAAUCAUGCUGCAGGACUAACCUUUGACCAGGAGACGCGACGCCUCUACUGGGCUACGCAGUCGCGUCCGGCCAAGCUGGAAUGUGCCGAUUGGGAUGGCAAGCGGCGUCAGUUGCUGGUCAGCAGCGACAUAGAUGAGCCCUAUGCCGUCUCCCUCUAUCAGGACUAUAUCUAUUGGAGUGACUGGAACUCGGGCGAUAUAGAGCGUGUGCACAAGGUGACGGGCGGCAAUCGUAGCCUGGUGCACUCCGGUCUAACGUACAUAACCUCACUCUUGGUGUUCAACGAACAGCGCCAGACUGGCGUGAAUCCUUGCAAGCUCAACAACGGCGGCUGCUCCCACUUGUGUCUCUCUGCGCCCACAAGGCGCGGCAUGGUCUGUGCCUGUCCCACGCACUACCAGCUGGCCAAGGAUGGCGUCAGCUGCCUGCCGCCACGCAACUACAUCAUCUUCAGCCAGCGCAACAGCUUCGGACGCCUGCUGCCCAACACCACGGAUUGUCCCAAUGUGCCGCUGCCCGUGUCCGGCAAGAAUAUACGCUCCGUGGACUACGAUCCGCUCACGCAGCACAUCUAUUGGAUUGAGGGACGCAGUCACAGCAUCAAGCGCUCCCUGGCGAAUGGCACCAAGACCAGUGUGCUGGUCAAUAGUGGACAGCCCUUUGACAUAGCCAUUGAUAUUAUUGGCAAACUACUCUUCUGGACCUGCUCCUACUCCAACAGCAUCAAUGUGACCAGUUUCCUGGGCGAAUCGGUGGGCAUCAUUGACACUGGCGACUCGGAGAAGCCGCGCAAUCUGGCCGUGCAUGCGGUCAAACGUCUGCUCUUCUGGUCGGAUGUGGGCAGCCACCAGGCCAUCAUACGGGCACGCGUUGAUGGCAACGAGCGCAUGGAGUUGGCCUACAAGCUGGAGGGCGUCACCACCUUGGCCCUGGACCAGCAGACGGACAUGAUCUACUAUGCGCAUGGCAAGCGCAUCGAUGCCAUGGACAUCAAUGGCAAGAACAAGAAAACUCUGGUGUCCAUGCACAUCUCGCAGGUGAUCAACAUUGCCGCCUUGGGUGGCUACGUCUAUUGGCUGGAUGACAAGACCGGCGUGGAGCGCAUCACAGUGAAUGGCGAGCGGCGGUCGGAGGAACUGCAGCGACUGCCGCAGAUCACCGAUAUACGCGCCGUAUGGACGCCGGAUGCGCGUGCACUGCGUAAUCACACCUGCCUGCAUAGCCAUACCAAGUGCUCGCACAUAUGUGUAGCCACCGGCGAGGGCAUGGCACGGACACGUGACAUUUGCUCCUGCCCCAAGCACUUGAUGUUGCUGGAGGACAAGGAGAAUUGUGGCGCCUUGCCCGCCUGCGGACCAGAUCACUUCACUUGCGCUGCGCCCGUGGCUGGCAAUAGUGAUAUGAACAAGGAUUGCAUACCGGCCAGCUGGCGCUGCGACGGCCAGAAGGAUUGCCCCGACAAAUCGGACGAGAUUGGCUGCCCCAGUUGCCGGGCUGACCAGUUUAGUUGCCAGUCGGGCGAGUGCAUUGAUAAGGCGCUUGUCUGCGACGGCACCACCAACUGUGACAAUGGACACGACGAGGCCGACUGCUGCAAGCGUCCAGGAGAGUUCCAAUGCCCCAUUAAUAAGCUCUGCAUCUCUGCUGCUCUACUUUGCGAUGGCUGGGAGAACUGCGCAGAUGGCGCCGAUGAAUCCCCGGACAUUUGUCUACAACGCCACAUGGCACCCGCAUCCGAUAAACGCGCAUUUAUGAUACUCAUUGGCGCCACCAUGAUUAUCAUUUUCUCCAUAGUCUAUCUAUUGCAAUUUUGUCGCACACGCAUUGGCAAGAGCCGCACUGAGCCCAAGGAUGAUCAGGCAUCGGAUCCGCUUUCGCCUUCAACUUUGAGCAAAUCGCAACGUGUCUCCAAGAUUGCCUCUGUGGCGGAUGCAGUUCGCAUGUCGACGUUGAACUCACGCAACAGCAUGAACUCUUACGAUCGCAAUCACAUCACUGGCGCCUCCAGCUCCACAACAAAUGGCAGCAGCAUGGUUGCCUAUCCCAUCAAUCCGCCGCCUUCGCCAGCAACGCGUUCGCGCCGCCCAUAUCGUCACUAUAAGAUAAUCAAUCAGCCACCUCCGCCUACGCCCUGCUCCACGGACAUUUGCGAUGAGUCCGACUCGAACUACACCAGCAAGUCGAACAGCAACAAUAGCAAUGGCGGCGCCACCAAGCACUCCUCCAGCUCAGCGAAUGCCUGUCUGCAGUAUGGCUACGACAGUGAGCCGUAUCCGCCGCCGCCGACGCCGCGUUCCCACUAUCACAGCGAUGUGCGCAUUGUGCCAGAGUCCUCUUGCCCCCCAUCGCCGUCGUCGCGCAGCUCCACGUACUUUUCGCCACUGCCGCCGCCACCGUCUCCGGUGCAGUCGCCCAGUCGGGGCUUUACGUAACAGCGCGACUUUUAUAUGCAGUAGAUUUUUAAGAAACACGAGAGAGUUUUCUGCAUACGUAAGCAUUGUAUUAUUAUUUGGUUUAUAUAAUUUGUUAAGCUUUUAGUUUAAUAUUGGUUCAAUUGUACAUACUUGCAUUGGUCAACUAAGGCUUUAACUAUGUGUUAGUUUAGUUUGCGUGUACAUAGCUUAGAUUAUAGUCCGUUCAUACUUACAUUUGUAUAUUUCGAUCUCGAGACGAAAUUCAUGGCAAGCGUGUAACAUACUUUAUAGACUGCAAUUUUUAUUCAAAAAUUAACAUCACACACACCACACACAAAUAUACAAAGUUUAGCGUAAGUGAACGACGAGCUUAAAGUUUAUAAACUUUAAUAUUUUAUAAGGAAACCCAACUCCAACACUUAACAUAUUCCGCGUGCCAAAUUUAU